GUCGCAUCUGUCAACCACCACGGAGAUUCUCCGUAUACUUACACAAGCGUUUCUGUGAUUAACAAAUUAAUAUAUAAAGAACUGACGUAAUUUAACUAAGCUAAUAAGAAAGUGAUAAUUUUGUCUUCAAGCAUUCCAUUCUUAAACGUAAAUGCUGUAUUUUGUAAUGGUGGUAUUAUUGAUGUGACUAAAUUAAUGUGCCAAUGAGGUUUAAUAAUUUAUUACGAUGAAGUCAUUUGAAUGCGAAUCUUCCUCUGAAGGAGACGAACCAACUAUUCACCCCAUCUCGCGUGGGAUUGCUGACGCACCACAAUGGCUACGUGGUAGUGCCUCUACCACGUGGGGGUGGCAUCCAUCUUGUACACCAACAAGCGAAGGUCCCAGUUCAUCAACGGCAGCCAACGUUGAGCAACCAUUUGUCCCAUUCUCGCACAAUUCAAAUGAAGAGAGUGCGGUACCUGGAAGACGGACGCCCCUAGGAACUGUAGGUUUAGGUGGAUUCUACUUUCAAGGCGUGUGUUCCCCGAACUUAGGAGCAGUUCCGGUUUCGGAUGAGAAUAGUCCCGAACCAGGAGGUAGCAACAGAUCCCAACCAUCUCGUGCACUUCCCCAUGCGCAGAACGCCCUGCAGAAUAAGGGAAAGGGUCGACAGGGCAAGGCCGUUCGGCUCAACAUCAACGCCAGAGAGAGAAGACGAAUGCACGAUUUGAACGACGCGUUAGACGAAUUGAGGAGCGUUAUUCCGUACGCGCAUUCGCCAUCUGUGAGAAAAUUGUCAAAAAUAGCAACGCUGUUAUUGGCCAAAAACUACAUACUGAUGCAAGCAAACGCUUUAGACGAACUGAGACGUCUGGUGGCUUAUCUUCAGGGAACGGCGGCAACGGCCGGAAUCGUUCCUCCUCCCGGCUUUGAUUUGGACGGUUUUCCCGCCGCCGCCAAGUUUUUACAGCAACAUCACAAUUUAACCUCGGAAGGUGCUAGCAAUAACGACGGCGGCAACACUGGAAAUUCUGGAACUCCCUUAUGAAAUAAAAGCUUGAUCACUUCCAGAUUUUAAAGCAAUUCCAGAAUUCGGCAGUCCGUUUGACUUGGAGCGUAAGAACCUGGAUUGUUAGUAAUAUAUACUAGUCACAUUUGUAACAAUUCUAGUCAAAAGCUGUCCAUAAGUUAAGAGCGUCUUUUAAUAUGACAGUACCUACAUGCGUAGCAAUAAUUAGUAUAGCAAAUAAGCAAUUAAUUGUCCCUGUAAGUGUCUUUACAAAGUUUUUAGUCGAAAUACUGUAGACUUACAUGUAAGACUGUGCAAUUUCAAUUCUAAAUAUUGAAUUGCCACAGCAUGUGCCUGAAAGCAUUCAAUUUCCAGCAAGAUAUAUGUUUUUUGUAAGUGUGUAUUUUUUGUAAUUUAGUGAAGCUUCUAUAAUUUUUAUUCUAAUUAAAUGGGUUCACUAACUUUGCAGAAAAAUUUAAAUUUGAUAGCAGUUACAUGUAUAUUGGGCUGCCAACCUCAGAAAUUUGAUUUCACGGUUGUAUUUUGUCCCUAUACCUAAUAUGUGUUUCAGAAUGGAAACGGGUUAAAGGUGGAGUGGAGGUGGAUUUUUAAGAUCUUGAUAUUGAUAUUAAUGAAAAACUUUUUUGGGCAUAUGCUGUAAAUCGAACGAGUGUGAUUUUAAUAAAUUUAUC